AUGUUAUCCGAUGAUGUUUAUAAUGUGUCAACCAAGGUGAUUUCAAUAAUAGUUUCACCAUGGAUAAUUAUAUUGAUUUCUUCAAUGUUUAUAUUUUCGCUUUAUGUAUUUUAUUAUCGUCCGAGACUUUACUAUUCAUAUCCAUCAUAUCCUUCAUCCCCAGCUAUAUAUUUUCUACCUCCUUGGAAAAGAAUUAGGGAUUUUAAUCGAAAUCCUAUACAAUAUCUUUUAACCGCUGUUUCUAAAACCCCUCAUUCAGGAAUUAUUUGGAUUGAUGUGGUUAAACCGUAUACAUGUCUUUCAAUUAUAUUAUCGUUAGAGCCAUUUAUGGGGAGUCAAUUUUUGUCAAUAGGUGAAUCUGUGUUAUCUUGGGAUGCUGCUUUACGUCGAAAUUGGUCUCAUAUAUUUAAGGAUUCGAAGGAUCUAAACAAUAUGGAUAGUUUUGGCCGCCAUUCGCGUUUUUCUAAAGCAAGUAAUUUUUGUUUGUCUCAAGCAUUUUCUCCUUGUCGUACAAAUAUUGGAGGAUAUUAUUAUUCAUGCAUUGCAUCUGAAACACUGGUUGCUUUAAGUCAAAAUACAUCAGAUUCUGUAGAUUUAAAAGGUUUCAUUGAUAAUAUUGUUAUUAGAGCAUUAAUUUCUAUUUUUUUUGGUUCUUAUGAAUCUGAUUAUGAACAUAUAUUACGCCUUACUUGUACUAUUCAUAAAUCGUUAGAGAAAUCUCAUUCUUAUGAUUCCAAUGCUUUAAAAGCUAAGAAUGAAUUUGUAAAGGUUAUUUCAAGACUUUUAGUUAAACGAACUAAUGAUCCUGAAACAUAUUCGAAUGGUUCUGAUUAUGUUCAAUGGUUAUUAACUUAUAGAUCAGAAAGUGAAUUAUCUAUUGAUUCUACAAUGUUUCAUGCUAGUCUAUUUGAUUUUUCAGAUAAUAAUGACAUUAAUAUAGAAAAUCAAAAAAGUCAAAGUUUUUCGAAAAUUUUAAAAGUAGAUAUACCUAUUCAUCUUUUAGUUUCAUUAUUAUCUACAUGGAUUAUAUGCACUAAUACUAUUUUAUGGGUAAUUGUUAAUCAAUAUCGUAUUUCGGAAAAAGAAGUUCCUUUUGACCCAAAUCCACUCUUUCUUGUAAGGCGCGCACAAAAAGAUAUUUUAAUUGGCAAAUUUUUAGUUCCAAAAAAUACAUAUCUUUCUGUUUGUUCUUCUGUUAGCAGUCUCAGUAGUUUUUUUAUGAAUAGAUAUGUUUCUCAGAGAUUUUCUGUUAAUAGUUCUGAAAUUGAUUUAAGAUGUCAGUCUUUAGAUAAAUUAAAAAUGAUUAAUUCCAUAAAUCAAAGUCAAGGAAAUAUUUCACUUUUUUCUCAAAAUAAUGGAGACAGCGUACCAGAAAGUUCUAGUUCAUCUACAAAUUUUUUUCAGUCACGAGAAACGACUAUUUCUAAUUCUGCAUCUGAAAGUAAUCUUUCGGUAUCUAAUUUAAGAUAUAUUUCUGCUCCACUAAAAUAUCAUCAAAAUUUUAAUAGGGGAAUUAAAAAUAGAAUAUAUCCUCAUCAGCACUUAAUUAGGCUUAUUAUUACUACAGUAUUGAAUCAUGUGGCAUCAGCAGUUGUUAUUAAGGAUAAAAUUACUAAUGAGAAAUUGAAUGUAUAUUAUACUGCAAGACACUUAUGGUUUCCUAUUCCAUCUCGACCUAUUUUUGUUUCUAUAUUACCAGCUACUUUUGUAACAUCGGACAUCAAUCAAAAGCAUGAUACUUUUUUUUCAAAGUAA